CUCGCUCCCUUUGCCCAAUCGAGGAGUGCCUGAGCGGAGAAGUGGGGGCGCAGCUGAGUGUUCAAUAUUUUUGAGCAUGGCUGACCCGUCGAAGGAAAAGCCAUGGCGUGCUGACCCGCUGUCCCGGCGCAAGUCGACCGCGCCUAAUACUACCAACGCUGCCUCAGGCCCGGCAUCGACCACACCAAGUGGCACACCCAAGAGCAGCAAGACGGGUGUCCGCUUCUCUCUAUCGCGAAACAGUUUGUCUCAGGAAAAGAUGAAAUCUACAAAGACUACGGCGGUGAGCCAAAGCCAAUUCCCCUUAACAGGUGUCGAUGCCAACGUGGAUCCGGAAGCCAAUGAAUGUAGCCGAGCGACGUCCUUACGCGGGCCAUUGGCAGGUGCAGGUCAGCGGACACGCCCACAGAGUAUCUCUGGAAUUCCGGACUCGCCUUCCGGAAGGGGCAUGCACCACAAGAUGAGUGGUCCUGGCUUCAAGAUUCCCGGUGCUCCAUCCGCAAAGGGCGGCCUGCCUCGCCCGGCAACUUCGACCAAUAUUUCUGUCGGUAGCACUGCCAUGAGACCACCAACUGCCCUUCCGCCUGGGUCUCCACGAAGCAAGGCGGCGCAGGCCAAGUUACAAAGUGCAAGCGCAUCUGCCGUGCGUCGACCUCGGCUCUCGCUUAUCCCGUCAGUCUCUGGACACUCCUUCGACGUCAAGAAAUCGGGAGUGGGCCCCGGCACGACCCCUUUUUCUUCCGUCACCAGCUCGGAUGCCGACCAAAGUCGUGAGAUUGAGAGUGGCAUUAUUGUGGCGGGCGAUGCGUCUCCAUCUGAGACUCCUGGCUUGCGCUCCAAGCCGCUCAGCCAUCGCAGAGCAGAGUCGUUGCUUGGUCCUACAGGCGCGUCCGGCUCACGCAUUGGCCGCAAUGUGACAAGACGAAGACCUUCUUUGGGUGUCGUUGAUCGAAAUUUACAACCUGCUGCUCUUUCGCCUUCAAGCGCGGGCAAACAAAAGGCGCAAGCCACAAGUGCGGCUGGAAAGCGAAGUGGCGAAACGAACAGUCCGCAUCGUGCGAAACGAGCUGCUACAGCUGUACGCAGCAAUUCCCCAACGACGCCGAAGAAAGAGCCCCCAGUCAGAGCGAGUCAUCUGGCCCCUCCCACUAAAAGUGCCUCGCAGCGUCCGCGGCGCUCACUCGGCAACUUCUCCUCUUCGACUUCCGUCCGCACUCCGCUCUCGUCGUCCUUGCUGCGACCACCGACGAAGCUUGUGCAGCAGCAGGCACGCCAACUGUCUGCCGAAAUUGACGCAGAGCUUAUGGAGAACCUGAAGUCCAUGGCCAGCAAAGCUGGUAUUUCAUUGCAGAGUUUGGAGCAGCUGGUGAAGGAGGGGGAAGGAGUGACAGGCGAGAGCAGUACCGCAAAAGCACCAGGUGCAACAUUUACCUUUGAAGUUGCCAAGCACUCGAAGCUCCGAGUGUACGAGCCUAGCGUAAGCAGCGCAGAGGGCCCAACGAAACAAAGCAGUCAGAAGCCCCUGCAGGACCAAAGCUUCGCUUCCGACAUCGACGCGUGUACCAGCGCGGCAGAGGCCGACGUAGAUGCGAGCUACAGUCAUCUUGUGCCAUCGCCGCCUGCGCAGCGCAUGACUGGCGAGAUUGACGAAUCUCUGAAGCGCCGAGAUCCCUCGAUGACAGCGUCGGACAUGCGCAAGAGUAGAGCGGCGCUGGCUUCGCCGCGUUUCAGCGAUCUUGCAGAGCUCAGGAACGACGGAGACGGCGAGCAAGAUGACAGUCUGCUGCAGGCUAUCCAAGCGCACUCAAACUAUCACGAUGGCGACGCAUCGGUUUUGCUGCCAGCGCCAGCACCCUCUUCGAGCAUCCUGACCGCGUUGCCAAAGCCUUCGCCGCGAAUAAAGCGAGGCAUCACCUCGAAGUGCGCACUACGAGAGAGCAUUGGCUUGGAAGCGGCAUUCGAGAGCAUGGAGCUCUCCCCGCCAGACCAGCGCUUUGGGGAUCCUGACGCACUACUCACGAAUGACCUGGAUGCUUUGGAGCUUGACGAGCUGCACGCGCAGGACAGCAAGGCGCAUGGGCAUGGUUCUGGGCUCGACUCGUGCGCUGCCGAUCCGUCGGCAGGCGCGCGGAAGGAAGAACGUGCCGAAACAACUGCGAUGGAGGCCAGAAUCCGAGAACUGGAAGCGCAGCUCGCUGAGGAGCGGCAGCUGCGGGAGGAGGCUGAGGCGCAACGGAGCGUACAAGUCGCGGUAUCGGAGGAUGCGCAGGCGCAGCUAGCGGGUGUGCAAGAUGCGCUGGAAGCUGAGCGCCACAAGCGCGAGGAGGAGGAUGCAAUUCGCGAGGUACAGCGUCAGAAUCACGAAGAGGAGCGCUCGGCGAUGGCGGCGGAACUGGCUGGUGCCAAGAACGAGGACAAGGUGCGAGCGGCGAGGUAUGAUGCUGCAAGAGCCGAUGCCAGGCGCAGGUUUCAAGAGAUUUCUAGAGCGGCUGCUGCUGAAUAUCAGGAAACGGUUAUACGCGCUGAUCUGUGCCUUUUCCUCAAAGCGCAGUGCUCAAUGUGGGAGCGCAGUCUCGGCGGCGUGCAAUAAUUGCAUUCCAACGCUACACCGCCGUGUCAGAUUUGAUUCACUAU